CGAGCGGGGCAGUGAGUGGUCCCGCCCCUCCAGCGGUCGGUGCUGAGGUUAUGGCGAGCGAGUCGCGGUCUUGUAAGGUACUGUCUUCUGGAAGGCUAACAGGAGCAGCUAAAUUAGCAAAUGGAAGAAAACAGUGUGGCUUAAGAAAAGGAUGUUAUUCUGAUGUGGAUUCUGGAUACUCUGUCUAUUCCACGGACUUUGGCAAUCAGGUUGAUACUAUUCAUAAUGGACUAGAUCGUUGUGCAGCCUUACUGAAGAAUAUCUUACAAAGCGAGACCACAGGAAGGGAGACUAUGCAUAAACAAGCUGGGAAAAGUACUUCAAUGAAAAUUACUUCCAAGCCUUUGCUAACUAAAGGAAAUACUUCCAAGAAGAAAGGGUUGAAAAAAAACAUUACUUCUGCCCACAUCCGAAAAGACAUCGUGCCAAUAUCAAAUAGAAAACUUGCCUCAUCCACUACACCUUCUACUGAGAGGGAACUUCCCAGUGCAGCAAAGAGCCAGGUGAUUCAACCAAUUCACUCGCCUUGCAGUCAACACUCUCCUGUGUUGCAUCAGAAACUGUGUGAGCAUGUGCAAACUCAGAUGUCUCUUAUAACUGGCCAACCACCACACAACAGUAGCAAAACUCCUCCUGUAACUCCUUUUCCUACCUCAAAUCACGGAUGCCAAAAUGCUACAGCUUUUAAUUAUCAAUUGCCUACUUGCACAUCAGCUCUGACCCUUCAGCAUGCAGCUCAUCCCUUAUCUACUCAGUCAGAUGUUCCUGUAGACAGUGACAAUCAAUGUAUUCCAAAGAUGGGAGGACCUGUGGUUUGCCCAGUAGUUUCUGCUGCUUCUACUACUGCUGUGCAAAUACAGUCUGCUGCUGCUCAUCGUAGUGUGAUCCCUUGUAUAGCAUCAGGUGUAUCAAGUAACUCUACAGUGCCUGCACUGAUCCCAUCAUCUUCUGACAGAGAGAUGAUCCCAAACCACAAACAACAGAUGAAAGAAGUAGAUUUGAUUCGAUGCAUACAAGCUCACCUGGCCCUGUUACAAUCACAUAAAGUGAUGAACGGCAGGGCUGAACAGAAGUGCCAUUGUCAUUGUAAAGCAAAACAUAAUGCUUCAAGUAAUGAGGAGGAGGAUACUUCUGAAGAACGCAGUGAGGACAUGGUCGACAAAGAUGAGUUGAAUGUACUUGAUGUACCCUCAGUGAGAGAUGCAAGCUUCAAGACAAGUUCUGUGAAUGAAGUUCCAAAAUGUAGAGAAGAAAGUCCAGAAGAAACAGCCCAUCAAGUUAAGACUGUAAAAUAUCUCCUGGGAGAGCUCAGAGCACUGAUAACAGAGCAAGAUGAUUUGGAAAUGUUAAGGUUGAUGAGUGAAAUUGAAGACUGUGUAUCAUCGCUCCCAGCUGUAGUGGGAAGUACAAAUGUGCAAGCUGAAAUAGCACUAGCUUUACAGCCUCUCAGGAGUGAAAAUGCACAGCUGCGUAGGAGACUCAGAAUAUUAAACCAGCAACUUGGGGAACAAGAAACAAGUGAGAAGACAUCUGGACAGAGCUGCAACUAUGAAUUAGUUUCCUUGCAGUCCUUGAAUAUCAUGCUCCAGAGUCAAUUGAAAGAAUCGCUGAAAGGCCUUGAGUCACUACAAGUUAAAAAUGAAGAGCUAUUUAAAAUAAUAGAAAGUCAGAAAGAGGAAAAUAAACGUCUUGCAAAAAACAUUCAAGAUAAAGAAGUAGAAUUGCUUGAAAACAAACAACAUUAUGACAUUAAUUCUACCAGGCUCAAGAUUGAACUGGAAGAGGCACUAGCAAACCUGAAGAGCUUUCAGUUUAAGCUAGAAGCUUCAGAGAAAGAAAAUAAGAUUUUGGGUAUAACACUACGUCAGCGUGAUGCAGAAGUUAACAGACUGCGUGAAUUAACCAGAACCUUGCAGGGCAGUAUGGCCAAACUUCUGUCUGACCUUACAGCAGACAACAUUAGACCCAAACCUGAAAAAGGUCUCUCACAGUCCCUUUUGGAAGACUACGAAAAGCAGAUGCAACCUGAUCCAUUUCCUGGAAGUACUUCAGUAAUCACUUACCUUAAAAAAUUAGAAAUGGAUCAUAUUUUGACAGAUACAGAACCUCAAUUCUCAAAUAAAAUUGGAGAAUUAGAAAUGCAAAAUCUAGCCUGUGAAAAGUUUGCUGUGGAAGGAAAUAAAAUAAACAGUGCAUUCUCAGAAGAAGGAGCAUCAACUCCCAGAACACAACGAACCUCACUGAAGCAAGAUGCAGAAACAGCCAGUGAUUCUGGGACUUUACUAGAUGACCAAAACAAGUUGGAUGAGACUGUUUAUAUUGCAUUGACUAGCAGUGCCUCUAUAAAACAGCAGCCAACCUCUGAAAGAACUGGUGUGCACCCCCAAAUUAGAGGGUCUUCUAAGAUGUUGGACUACCACUGUGAGGUUUCUAACUCUGUGCCACAGAAUGGAUGUGAGAUCUCAAAGGAUCCAACUGUUCUGGAUAAAUUAAGUGCUGGGUACAAUGUGAAAAAGACUAUGGAAAACUCGUUUGAAGUUACAGGGGAUAAAGUGAAGCCAGAAGGAGAAAAAGUCCAGAUAAGGCCAACAGGCAUUCCAAAAGGAGCUAUGAAAGACUUCACAGAUAAACCAGACCAACCUCAGCCUGGUAGAUACCCUUGCAUACCAAUGCUAUUUCUGAAAGAGAGUUCUCAGAAAAAAGGCAGUGAAAUAGCUGAUUUCAGUUCCAUGUCAUUUGAUGAUAUAUCUGGGAAGUCUCAGUGGAGUGCAUCCUCUUACUCAACUUUUACUUCUCGAGAUGAAGAGGACUUUAAGAAUAGCUUAGCAGCUUUGGAUGCCAACAUAGCUAAGUUACAAAGAACUCUGCAAAAUAGCAUGAUCAAGCAAUGAGUAUGAGGAAACAAAAUGGGGUGCACUUGUUUUUUCUGAAGUGUAUUAAUAAGCAUGGUACUGCUACAAGUAUUUGUAUUUUUUAUAUGAAAUGACUGUCUCCUAGCUGUUUAAAUCAUGGAUGGGAUUUGUUCCUCAUUAAGCUGUGGUGCUGCUUCUUUUGAUGUGUACAUCUUGAGAUAACUAGAUAUAAUAACUAAAUUAUGACUUGGUUUUAUACUCUUUCAUUGCAAAAUUAAUUCUUAGACCUACACACUGGUCUGAGUGUAGAAAAAUGUCUUUUCAUAAAUGAUGACUUAGGUUUAUAUUCCUUAAUUGCAAAAUUAAUUCUUAGAAUAGCACUUUAUAGCUGUUUAAGAAACCAGUGUACUGUUGGCAGUACGGUUUUUCUAUUAAAUGGUAAAGUACA